UUGUUUUUCGAUGAGAGAUCCCAAACUUGUCGGGAGAAAAAAAAUAAAAGCCACCUAAAGGUUAAAACCCCCAAAUUCUGUCCGGGGCCUGACUGACACAGGAAAGAGUAAGGAGGAAGAAAAGGUAGUUUCCUCUCUUGCCCUUGGAAGGAGACGGGAGAGAUCGUUAUUAUAUUAAUUUGAAUCAUGUCGGAUUCAAAGAGAAGUGGUGGAGGGGGUAGUAGUAAAAAGCGAAAUCUUCCUUCAUGGAUGAGUUCCAAAGACAAUGAGAAUAAAUCUCAUGGGAAGAAGGCAGCAGCAACUUCUGCCGAAGACGAACAAUCUAAACUUCUGGACGGUGUGGUGUUUGUAUUGUCCGGGUUUGUUAAUCCUGAGCGUGCUACAUUGCGGUCCCAGGCUUUAGAAAUGGGAGCGGAGUAUCGACCAGACUGGACCUCAGAUUGCACUCUCUUGGUUUGUGCUUAUUCAAAUACUCCAAAGUUUCGACAAGUUGAGGCGGAUUGUGGAACCAUUGUUAAGAAGGAAUGGAUACUAGAGUGUUACAGCCACAAGAAGCUAGUUGAAAUUGAUAGUUAUCUUAUGCAUGCUGGGAAACCUUGGCGGAAAUCCAAUAUUUCACACGAAAGAGGCAGUGAUCAAAAGGCAUCCCCACCUAGAAAAUCUGAGAAACAGGUCAAAAGUGGGUUGCAUUCAAAGCCAACUGCCUCUACAUCCUACAAGGUUAGAGCAUCUAAUCCUACUAAAGAGUGCUUCUCUCCUUCUAAAGUGAAGGAGUGGGUUAUUGACGAUUUGAAUAGAACCAUCUCAUGGCUGGAGAGUCAAGAGGAAAAGCCAGAGCCAAGCGAGAUUAAACAAAUAGCUGCAGAAGGCAUCUUAAUUUGCUUACAAGAUGCCAUAGAUUUCCUUGAACAAAAUCAGGAUGUCCGGAAAAUAACAGAUCAGUGGAAUGUUGUCCCUCACGCAGUUGAGGAGAUGGUAAAGCUUGUAGAUGGUGGAAAUGCUUCAUCUUCUCUUUCAAAGGAAGAUCUUUGCAGGAAGGCGAAGGCAUGUAAAGAAAUCUAUGAAGCAGAACUUAGCAGUUUAGAUGGUUCAAAGAAUAAGACACAAAGGUUGAAAAGUGAUGAAAGUGGGAGUAGUAAAAGGACAAACGCCGUCACUGGUGAUGCAGCAGAGUAUGACAGCGAUGAAACAAUUGAAAUGACAGAGGAGGAAGUUGACAUGGCGUACAAUACUGUUGCUUCUAAAUUUUUAAAUGAUUAGUGAAUUUAAUUGUAUCUGAAGGGUUUUGUUAUCUUGUACAAUAGAUGUUUCGAUGAUUCUUCAUAAACGUUAGAAGAAAAUUUUGAGAAA